GAUUAUAUAUAAAUAGAUACAACAGCCGUCCAGUAUAAACAUCCAAGAUGGCUGACCAGCACCAUCUCAGCCAGCUCAAACUCCCGUACCUGAAGCGGUUAGCAGAGAAGCUGGAUCCAAAGACAACGAUUGGUCACGACUGGAGGGACGUCGCUGACGGGCUGGGCUUCAGCAUGGACAGUAUCAGGCAUGUUGAAAGCACGAGCCAAGGUUCCAGCCCGACCAUCCAGGUCCUGAACCUGUGCUCACACAAGGCAGGGUUCACUGUGGGCAGGCUGAGGGAGGUGUUCCACUCAGUGGAACGGCACGACUGUAUCUGUAUCCUGGAUGAAGCAGCAGAAGAAGUGGAGACUGCCCGGCGGCGGAGGCCCGUUGUCAUCAGUCCCUCUGCGGUUGAACAUGAUGACCGGUUCCAUCCGGUUAGCCUGACCAGCGGAGAACAGGUGUCCCUGGCGCAGAGCCAGAACAGCAGUCUCCGGUCAGAACCGGUUGAGAACGAAGACAUGCCCGAGGACAGUCAGAGUUUGAACAGCAGACCUGCCCAGGAGGACGUGUGGGUGAGACAGCAGCCCGCAUUGGACAGAAGCUGGCAGCACAUUCAGCAGGGUGCUGAUUCAAACAUUCCAUUCAGCAGUGCCGCCAUGUCGGCGAGUCAGAACCACAGCGUGAACAGCUGCACAUCCGGAAUCGCAGUCAGCGGUCUGUCUGCGAGAGGUCCGAAUCGGGACGCGGCCAGCAUGGACAGGUCAGUGACCUCUGGGAUGUUGACCUUGAACAUAGCAGGGCACGAAAGCACCGACACGUCAUGUGGAGGUCAGAGGUCAAACGCGGAAGCUAGUGCACUUACCAACGGUGAAAGCGCGGGACCGCGCAUGCCAUUUUCAGACAAAGGCGAACAAUGCUCCACCAGCUUUGACUACGGGACUGAGGGCGCCCCCUCCCCGUCAUACCCCUACUCUCCGAGUUCCCAUGGCGACCAAGAACUCUCCGAAGACAUUCUAACUAGCGCGGAGACCCAGCCUAACAACCUUCCGCCCAUCCGUACUUUCAUGCCCGACGAUAAUCCUAGGACGCUAACAAGUAACGACUUCUUCCCUUACCCCGCGCAAUAUCAAAAUGGGCAGAACUACAACAUGGGGCCACCACAGUACAACCACCCUGGUAUGAACGGUCAGCAAAACCCGUGGGUUAACGGGGCAGCCAGUCCGAGAGCUGCGUACGUGGGUCCCCGUGGGCCUUACCCAGGAGGCAUGGGGGUUCCGCAGUAUAAAGGUGCCGCGGGGGGAGGGAGAGGGCACCCGUACGUACCGCACGACCAACCCAUGAGGGUCCCUCAUCAGCACCCCUCCCAACCAUUAAUGAACGGUCCCUACCGGCCCAACGCUCCACCGUACCAGAUGUACAACAAUGGUUACCCCCCACCCCCACAUGGACCGCCUAACACCAUGAGUCAGAAGCAGCAAGCGCAAAACGCCGCCACGGGGCCGAGUUCGGAAUCGGGGGUGUCGUCUGCGCCCGAUAGCUUCCACUUCAGCGGCAGUAACACCGGGACUUCCCGAAACGAGACCACCCCUCCUCCGCAAAUGGUACGAGCCAUGUCCAUGCCGCCCAACGCCGCGCCGGGGGCGAUGAUAGGAGCUGUUGGGGGAGCGGUACAGAACGGAGUACCAGCCGCAGCCUGUACACGGUCUCUGUCUGUCAACAACCCUCCAACAACACCUGACACUGUACCAGCGACAGCUGAGAGGAUCUUCAUCACCUACUCCAAAGACAACGAGAUCCAUCUGGUACGGGUCUUAGACAUGGCCAAGAAGCUGUUUGCGGAAGGGUUCUUUGUGGAAGUGGACAUGUUCGCACGACACUUCGCUGGCAUCGACAAGAUGGGCUGGCUGGACAACAGAAUCAAGAAGGCAGCAUUUGUGAUCAUCAUCUGCAGUCCGCAAUACAUGGUGGAUGUGGAGAAGAAGAGUGAGAGUGUUGACGGUCUGCACACCCUGUACAUCCACCGGUCACUCCAGACCGAGUACCUGGACAACAAGGCCUGCAACUAUCGCUUCAUACCCAUCCUCUUUGAUGGUUUUUCGCGUGAUUGUGUACCCAGAUGGCUUCACAACACCACCAUCUUCUACUGGCCCAAGGACAUCCAGGACAUCAUGGCCAGACUGAGGCGCCGCGAACGGUUUCCCACGCCGGCCAUCGGGAAACCGCCAUGCAUCAGACGGAACCCGGACCACACGUAACCCCCAUACAGACCCCUGCAUCAGGCUAAAUCCUUAUCACACAUAACCCCCAUACAGACCCCUGCAUCAGAUGGAACCCGGACAACAUGUAACCCCCAUACAUACCCCUGCAUAAGGCUAAAUCAUUAUCACGCAUAACCCCUUUACAUACCCUGGCAUAAGGUAAAAUCCUGACAACACAUUACCAAGAACAUAUAUGCCCCUGCAUCAUGCAAAAUCCUGAUAAGUGUAACCCCCAUACAUGCCCCUGCAUCAGAGGAAAUCCUGACCACACAUAACCUCCAUACACACCCCUUCAUCAGUGUUGAAGGAUUCAGUAAAGGCCCUCAUGUUGUGCAAUGGCCAAAACUCUUAGGACCUAAAUGCACAAAGUCCUGGCCUUUGGCAUUUGGAGGCUUACAUGUGUAGCUAUAAUUGUUUUCAUUCAUCAAUUGCCUGACUUUCUUUAUGAUUCUGAGUUACAAAAAUUGUUGGGUAAACUACAAAAUAUUAUUACUGUAGCAGAUUUAUGAUUUCUGGCUGUUCAUAUCUCUGAAAGAUGUAUUAAAAGGUGAAAUAAGCAGUCUACAAACUAUGGCACCAGCUAUGUUUUUAGACCAGUCAAAUGAACUUUCAUAUCUAGACAAUCAUAGAGAAAUCUAUGUAUUUCUUAGAGGCCCUCUAAAGUUGAUUAUUUACUAAAUUAAUUUUUAAAUUUUUCUUUGGUCUUAUAUACUAUAGGAUUUAAAUUCUAGGAACUUUAAAUCAGCAGUUCCACUUCUCAUGGGCUAGGAUUUGGCAUCAUAUGUCUUAUUUUGAUUGAACAGUUAAAUAGUAAGAAGAAAGGAAAGCUCAAUGUUCACAUCUCAAGUACAUAUGAAAUAUAUGUAGUGUAAUAUAUAACUUGCAUAUUGAUAUAGAUAUGCUUUGUUUGGCCACAAUCUAGUAUCUUGCAUCAUAUUAAGUUUUAGUUUUUAUGGUGCUGGAAUAUUGCAAGAAGUUAUAUUGGUGACUGUACAUGUAUAUGUUUACAUUUGCGAUAUAUGUACAAACUCAUUUUGCCUUGCUUGCAAGUAUUUGCCCCAAAUUUGAUACAGUUGUCUCAUUUUUGUGAGUGUACAUGAAUGUAUGAUUGAUUGUGUAUAAAAUGUAUUUUGUGUAUGUAUAUUAUGCAUCUGUUGUUUGAGUGAAUCAGUAUUAUGUAUGUGUGUGCGUUUACAAUGUAUGGUGUUUUGUCAUUUUUUUUUUAAAUUUUGGCAGUAUUCGUGAUUGAUAAUCCAAAGAGCUCCUUGUAAGGCCAAUAAGAUAUCUGUGGCAUUGUAUAUUGUUAUUCAUAAUCAUAGCAUCUUGGUAAGGUUAUAGUUGUUGUUUUAAGUAAGAUUGAGCAAGAAAGAAGUUAAUAUACUGUAAUAUGUAUUGUCAGGACAACAUUCUUAGAUACAAUGUAGUUUAACUUGUUUGGGUGGUGGUUUUAUUUCAUAUGUUUAAUUACUCUAUUGUAAGGUUGAUAUCUACAUUGUACAUAUUUGUCAUGAUUAUGAUGUUAAGGAAUAUGAAAAUUGCAAUUUCAUACUGAUAUGAUAGCAAAAGUAUUUCAAGAAGUAUGCUAUUUUGAUAUACAUGCAAUGAAAGCUAGCUAUUACAGUCUAUUUGAAAUAAAAGUUUCAAUGGCAAACCUUGAUAUUAUAUACUUCUUGCUAUCAUAUUUCAAUAUCAUAUUACAAAUAAGGGCAUACUUUUAGUGAUAUGAAAAAGCAGGCAACUUGGUUAAAAAUUAUUCUUUACAUUUGUUCCUGAAAAAAAGUUGUGGUAGAAAGGGUCACUAUAUUGUCACGGAUACGUUUGAAUGGGACUAGAGAGCACUCCAAAAACGUGUACUGUUCUCCAUAUAAACCAAUAUUAGGCCACAACCAAUUUAAUUAAUUGGUUCUCGAAUA